AUUACGAUACAUACAUCGCGUAGAGUGUGAACUUGCAGGGCAUUUUUGUUUCGAAGUUGUCUUGUGGUGCAUCAGCAGUGAAAGUUUUAUGCAUUUUUCCCUGUUGUUUUUUUGCAUAUAUAUUUCUCGAUCGAUUCAUUGUCCAAAGUGUAGCUGCUGUAGUGGAUUUGAAGUAGUGUCACAUCAUCGAUAGUAGCCGGAAACGAUCGACAAUCUCCAGCAAUUGGAAGAAGGGCUUCACUUCUCGCUGUUCGUGACUGAGCCGUGCCCAUUUGCGUUCGUCAUCGCAAUCACUGGCAAUAAUUAUCAUUAGCAAGCUGCUGCUGGUAGCGACUACAAAACAAGACUUCACAUACGGUAUUUUCAGUUCACCUGUAGGUUUCCUGUUUUGUUAGCGACGAAUUUGUGGAAGGAAAACUAUGCCUGUAUGGAACUUGUAAAAUAAUAUGCAAUGAUUUCGCACAGGGAAACCUCCCACAAUACCAACAUGACGUGUAAAAUUGAUUUCAGCGAAUGCCUGAAGGAUUCUCCAAAGUUCAGACUACGCCUUGAACAGGAAGAAAACGAAAUUGAUCACCUAGAGCAGAAGCUAGAAAAAGUGAUAAAAAUGUGCAGCCUUGCUGUCGACACUGGCAAAGAGUACAUCAGAAAUCAGAGCGCUUUCGCCACGUCACUAUGGGACCUCCAGAAACACUUCCAAGAGGACAAAUCUUCCACUAGUGCCCUGACCACACUGAUCCACUGCCUCCAGGAGAUGAACAAAUUCCAUACCACUUUGCUAGAUCAAGCCAGCCGGACCGUAUUGAAGAAUUUGACCAGCUUUUUGAAGAAAGAUGUCAAAGAGGUCAAAGACUAUAAGCAAAUAUUCACCAAGGUGUCGGAAAACCUGGAUGCGGCUGUUUAUAAGAACGCACAGGUCAACAAAAAUCGCCCCGUAGACAUCGUCGAAGCGGAAAACCUGCUCUCUGCUACAAAGUCCUGCUACAAUCAUGCAGCCUUAGACUAUGUGAAUUAUAUUACAAUGCUGCAGAAUCGUAAGCGUCACGAAAUUCUCGCAACGAUCCUAAGCUACAUCCAAGCAUGUAGUACUUAUUUCCACCAGGGAUCAGACCUUUGCGAAGAUUACGGAUCGAUCUUUAAAAAUCUCGACGAAGAAAUAAGUAACAUGCGUGCAGACUAUAACGUACUCGACAAGCAAAUGCAGAACCGCCAUACUUGCGUCAAUGAGCUGUUGGAGGAUGGGGAGCGAUCUCUUUCCUCCACCGGUGGGACACCGUCGAUCAUUUCGAACAGCUCCUCAUCAGCCGGUGAAGGCGGGGACCAACGAGCUUCCCAGCCGUACACUAAUCGACCUCUGAACCACAUGGAAGGCUAUCUAUUCAAACGCACGUCCAACGCUUUUAAAACGUGGAACAGACGUUGGUUUUGCAUGCGCGACAAUCAGCUGUUCUACCGGAAACGCAUGGGUGAAGAGCUUCCCACAGUGAUGGAAGAAGAUCUGCGGCUGUGUACGGUGCGUUUGCUUUCCGACUCAGAUCGCCGAUUCUGCUUCGAGGUGAUUUCACCAACCAAAUCUCACAUCCUGCAGGCGGAUUCGGAGAUAAUGUUGAAUGCAUGGUUCAAGGCGCUGCAAAAGGGAAUCGAUUCGGCUAUUCAGUAUCACAGUCCGUAUAGCAGCGAUAUGCGUGGUAUUGCCAGUCAAUCACCAACGAACGAAAGUGCCCCCGGUAGUCUGGGUGGUGCCGUUGGUUCGAGUGGGAAGACCGGCGAUCCCAGAAAAACUGUCAAGAAAAUCAAUUGGACCCAAAUAUUACGCAUUCCCGGAAAUUCACGCUGUUGUGACUGUGGCAACAUGGAUCCCAAGUGGGCUUCGAUCAACCUCGGUAUCACCCUGUGUAUUGCCUGCUCCGGAGUGCAUCGAAGCUUGGGCGUCCAUUACAGCAAGGUCCGUUCUCUUACGCUGGACGUAUGGGAACCGGAAAUCCUCCGCGUCAUGAUAGAGCUUGGUAACGACGUAAUCAAUCGGAUCUACGAAGCUAAUACGGCCAAAGUUAACAGAUUUGAUCGCGCCACGGACAACUGUGAAAUAUCGGUUCGCGAAGCUUGGAUCAAAGCCAAAUACAUUGAUCGGAAGUUUGUGCUUCCGCUGGAUAGUACGGGAGGAUUGGGUCUUGAUCCUACUCCAACUAGUACGUCUUCAUCUACCCUGUCGUUCAAGAGCCUGGACAAUGACAGUUCAAAAUAUCCAGAGAAAUGGAGUAUUAAAAAGCUUAGGCGCAGAAGUUAUAGAAAGCUUCUCAGGAAGAAGAAUAAAGAAGAAGUAGCUGAAGGAACAUCCAGUGGUGGAAAUACAGAUACUGACCCGGAUGCCGACGAAAAAGAUGUGAACCUAAACAUUCCAAAGAAAUUCAACGACAUUCUAUUAAUUGGGGAUAGCAUCAUUGAAAACGAUCAUAAUCUAACCGAUGAACAUCUGCUACUUCUCAACUCUGACCAAGAAUCUACUAGUGGAGAAGAAGAUAACGGAAUCAUGGAGUGCGAGGACUUCGAAAAGCUUAAUCCCAACUUCCUUCUGUACAAAGCAGCGAGUGGUCAUAAUUUGCCAGUGAUGUGUCAAGCGAUGGCCCUCGGGGCAGACAAGAACUGGACCAACCCGGGAGAACUCGAUCGAACCGCGUUGCAUGCCGCCAUACUUUCCGGUUCAGUUAUGUCCUGCGAAUUUCUCCUCAUCAACGGAUGCAACAUCAACACCACGGAUAGGAACGGGUACACCGCUCUUCAUCUUGCGGCUGAAAAUGGUUCUACAGCUCAGGCAUACCUACUCCUCAAACACAAAGCGAAGUAUGAUAUUAAAGCUACGAAUCAGAAACUACCGAUCGACAUAGCGGUAGAGCGAACUGAUGCCGACAUAGUGACGCUUUUGAGGCUUGCUCAGCUAAACGAUGAAAUCGGACCUGGGGAGGAUGGUGGUACCUACCUGGGCGGAGAUUCGACCUACACCGACGUGAUGAAUGAUUUCUCCCACUUAACCAGCAACCAGCCCUAUCGGUUACAGAAGAAUCGAAACCCUGGCGGGGCGUCACCCGGGGAGCUUUGCCUGAGCUCAAUGGCGUCGUCCUCUUUUUCAAGUGCUUCCACAAUUGUUGCAUCGGAAGUUGUGGGUCCUGUGACCGAUUUGGACGAGCAAAAGGACGCAAAAUAGGUUGGUUUUCUAGGUAAGAGGCAAAGCCGUUUUAGAACAACAGUUGGAGGAUUUGUACUUAUAGUAUGUUAUAUCAGUAGUGUAAAACACGUUUCUGUAACAAAUUACGAAUCAUGUUACGCAUACAGACAACGAACAGUGGGGUCAAAUAGUGUUUAGGCCGAUGAUAUGAUCGUAUUUUAAAUAUAUUUCAAAACAUUGAAUGUACAACACGUGAUAUAUUGAAACAUUCCCACACACUAAAUAUUGUUCAGUCUUUUUUAUAUUAUGAACAUUGGGUUUGUCUAAGAGAAAAGCGACUUCCAUAAGUCAUAGUGCUUCAUACUUUUUUACCGCCACAUGCGUGGACGCGGCUUUGAAAAUUAAAUCUUUUUCAUUAAGUGUACCUACUUGUGCAUUGACUCUAAACUGUAUUGAUCAGGGAAAGAACGAAGAAUUUAAUCACUACCUAUUGUUUAUAGAUCACAUAAAUUUUCAAACUUGAACAAAUCCGAUUUGUUUUUAAAAUGUGUUUUUACUUCGCGGGUUGCUUCCAUUUUGCCUAUUUGAUUAGUAAAUGCUCUCAUGCUACUAAAAACCCUUGAAAUUUGUUUUUAUAUAGUAGGGAGAAAGACGGUUUUAUGAAAUUCGGCCACAAUAUUCUUUGAUAUGCAAAGAAUGUUUUGGCCAAAUUUGAGCAUAAUCAGUCAUAAAAAACCCCCCUGACAAUAAUAGAACAAAACCUCCCAAAGCCGUCAUUCCCCCUAUAUCGAAUAAGAAUAUUUAUUCUGCACAUUAUCAGCGCAUCUAGCCAUACGCAGCUUGUUUCGUUGAUACUCUACAAAAUACAACAGCGCGCGUCCUCGAGUGUUAAGCUUUUGCACGAGCCCGAAAAAAAAUAAUCGUUUUUGUUUUUACUGGCGUAAGGGACAAAUCUUCAACUUAUAAUAAUUUCAACAAUGCCUUACACUCCCGUAAAGAAACCAAACAAUUUAUUAAACUACUACAACUCCACUAAGGUUUUUUGUUUUCAAUUUUACUAAAACAAAAUAUCAAUAGAAAUAUGCAACUUAGAAGAACAAUAAAUUCUCCUCAUUAACGGUAUGCAUAACUUGAAUAUUGUGCAUUAUAUGAGAGACCUAAUUCCACCGCCCCAUCUGUUGCCGGUCAUUUGAAAAAUCAUUCCAUGUUAUAAGUGAAACGCCGGAUAAAAUCAGAUUUGAAAACUAAUAUUGAAUAUUUAGCGAUAGGCAUUUGUUAAGUGAUCCGAAUCAGACUAGUUUAAUAUCAGAAGCAGGCAGUUUGAUUCCAGAGCAGAAUUAACUUUCGAAACGCAUGUUUAGAAAAAGAGAAAACCUGAUGCAGGAACCACAGUGGAAUCAGAUGUUCGUCAAAAAUACCUAUAAUCAUUACAAGCUUGUAUUGUUCAAAAAGUUGCAAAGUUGAUUCAUAAAUUAAAAAGAAGUAGCCAAUGAUCCAUGAUCCAAUAUUUUGUUCAACAAUUUUCUGUAAAAGCAUUAUUUAUAAGGCAUUUUUCUUAGAGUAUUUAUAGCUUGUUAAUAUAAAUUUAGCAGCGCGAAUCUCCCGCAAAUAUUGAUUAGCUCGUUGACUAAAUAACUGCAAAAUUUAACAAAUGUAACGAUAACACUGUACCUAUCGUUAGCCAAAUAAAUGAAACAAUCUCACGCAAGAAAACGUGGAUCAUCAGUUGCAUUAUCUUUAGGGACUAGUUAACUAUUAACGGUAGAUUUAUAUACACUCAUCAUAUUUAUAUACCUUAUCAUUGGCGAUAAGAGAAAAACAGAAAGAGAAAGUGACACUUUUCUCUUAUAAACUAUAUACAAAAAGCUUUGUGCUAAUAAACUUAUUGGUUAUCCA